UAACUUCAAACUCACUUUGUACCAAAGUUCCAUUCUCAUCCUUGUUUUUCAAAAAUACACAAAUUAAUCACAUUGUUUAUUUUUGAACUUACACAUCACACUUCCCUUUUUCAAAAAUACUAACUCUUUUGGUUCUGAUCUGAUUCUGAUAUACAAAAGAUGGGAACUUUCUCUGCUGAAACUGAAACUGAAACUUCAGAUCAUAACUAAAUGCAUGUCAUAACUACUAACACCAAACAGGACCACAAUUGCAGUAGCAAGAAAAUGGAAGUAGAUGAAGGUUUGAAUUUGAACACUGUGGCAUGUCUAAGAGGGAGGUUACUAGCAGAGAGACAGGCUUCAAAAGUAGCUAAGGAACAAGCAGAAUUAAUGGCCAAUAAGUUGGUUGAGUUGGAAAAAUUGGUUAAAGAAGAGAUCAAAUUAAGAGAUAAAUCUGAGAGAAAGCUUAAAUUUUUAAGGAAAAAGCUUGAAUCUUUCAGCAAAUCCUCCAAAUCAAAACAAUUGGGGCAUUCUGAUUCAUCACAGAAUUGUGAAAAUUCUUGUGGGUCAUCAUCAAUUAGUUCAAAUUCCAAAUAUUCAGAAGCAAAUGAAACACAAAAUCAAGUACCAAAUCAAAAUGUUUCAGAGACACAGAAUAGUUCAUCCACAUCAAAAGAUUGUGAUUCUCAGAUUACUGAUGAUGAUUCAAGUAGUAAUUCAAAACCAAGCUCUGAGUUUGAGAAUUUGAAGAAUGAUGAAAGCAGGAUUUCUAGUUCAAGCACAAAAUCAUCAGUGACAGAGAAUGAAAAUGAUCAUGCAGAUUCCUUUGAUAAUUCUUUGGCAUUAGUUCCUGUGACUGUGAAUGUGACAGCAACAUCUCAAGCUACCACAACUAAUCACAAACAAGUCAAUGAAAGUGUCUUUGAAGCUCUAGAUGCAUUGAAGGUUGCCAAGGAAAAGCUUCAAAGUUCCUUAGGAAUAAGGCAAAUGAUUCGCGUCGGCCUAAUGUAACUUCUCACUCCGAAAUAGUAAUGAUUGCAUAUUUGGAUUGACAGUGAGUUUGAUAAAAUUACAGUGGCACAACAUGAUUUUGCUAAAUUCACGGCCGGUCCAAAUAUGGACUAAGGCUAAAUUAUUUGAUAUUUCUAUGUUAAUGCAUUAUAGGAAAUGAGAUUAUUCAGCAUGUAGAUAUAGGUGAGAACAACAAUAACCUUGAAUAAUGCUAAAGUUCUUGUGAAUUGUGGUUUUUCACUUACCACAGAAAACAUGUGAAGUUGAGAUGUGUUGUCAGUUUAACGCUUCUUCUAUUAUGAGGUUCAAUUAUUUUGUCUA